GGAACCAUGGCGGAUGGUCCAUGGUUAGGAUGAUUCUACGUGUAUUGAUUCCUCUAUGUGUUGUUAAUAUAUGUUUUAGUCAUUCUUUGCCUAAAAAUUGUUUGGAACUAAGUUAUCUCUGUGCAGGAAACGAGAUAUGCAUUUUCGAAAAUAGCUUUUCGACUAAGUCAUGUGGAUCUCCCUGCCCCCAGGGCAUCUGUCUCUAUAAAAAUGGAAUUGAUUUGCUGCAACGUGUAAGACGAGCCCCAAAAUCUCACCACCAGGGCGGCAAGGGUAAACAACACCCUCAAGAGGUCACCAAAGAGGCCGAAGAACAAGUGUCUGAUACCUACCUACAUCUACAUCUUAACUCAGAGCAGUCCAGACUAGACAAGGAACAGUUGCACCAUCUUGCUGUGAACAUUACUAAGUUCUUCAGCUGGCCUGAAAACUCUAUCAAGAACUGCCAGGAAACACUCGAACACCUUACCUGUGCUGUAGUUGGACUAAAUCCUGUUCUCGUUUCUACUAAUCUAGCAUUAGAGAGUAACAUUGAUAAGAUAACCCCGAUAAAAGUUGACUCUGUUGGAACAUCAAACAAGAAUGCGAGCCUGUUAGCAGCGGAAGAUACAGUUACUACCACACUUGUACCAGAGAAGAUGACUCUGUCUGACGUUAUGAUCUGGGUGUUUGGGGCCAUUCUGCUCCUCCUCCUUGUAUCUCUAUUUCUUGUUUAUCUGGUUCAGAAAAGACAAACUGGACACUCGAAGCUUAAUAAUGAAAGUGACAAUGGAUCUAACUCCGAAUUGUAUUAUGACUACGAGAACCUGGUACGUUCCCGGAUACAAGAACAAACAAGUACCCACCACCGCCCUCCCAACCUGACCCAGCACCAAGUGUCCUCCAGUAAACAAUGGAGCACCGAGGAGAAGGGUUCUCCCGAGUAUAUUGGACAAAAGAUGGAUAUACAGAGCGCCCACCUAGCUCUUAGUUACAUGGAGCAAUACUUGUCAGACACCGACAAGAUUGGUACCGAGUGGGAGAGGCUGUGUGUGUAUGAGCCUGAACUUCAGCUCAGUGAUGUUGGUAUAAGAGCGGAGAACGUUGCUAAAAAUCGCUUCUCGACUGUUAUGCCUUAUGACCACAACCGAGUGAAGUUGUCGAACCAGCACGCUUCAGACUACAUUAAUGCCAGCUAUAUUUACACAGAGAGCCCAAAGAACCCCGCCUACAUAGCAAGUCAAGGACCGCUUCAAAAUUGCGCGGGCGACUUCUGGCAAAUGGUUUGGGAGCAAGGUGUCUCGGAGAUUAUCAUGCUCUCUCUUAACGAUGGAAUUGAUUGUUACCAGUACUGGGGGACGGAUGGAAAUGGAGUAUAUUAUCACUACCAGUUACAUCUAGUCAGUGAACAUGCCAACCAUCCUGACUAUCCUGACUACAUUGUCCGCAGCUUCUAUCUCAAGAACCUGCAGACCUACGAGACUAGGACAGUAACUCAGUUCCACUACGUAGCCUGGCCCAUGGCCUCCAGUAUACCUCGCUCUACUCAGAGUAUACUCGACUUCCGUAGAAAGGUUCACAAAGGUUACCGGGGUCCCAGCGCUCCUCUCCUUGUCCACUGUAACGAUGGGUUGGGUCGAACAGGAACCUUCACCCUCCUAGAUAUGACUCUGAAUCGUAUAUGUAAAGGAGUAAAGGAGAUAGAUAUGGAAGCUGCAGUGGAGCACCUCCGAGAUCAGAGAGCUGGAAUGGUUGUAACCAAGGAACAGUACGCGUUUGCUCUAUCAGCUGUUGUAGAGGAGAUUCACAACAUUCUCGGAGAACUGCCCAGUCCUAGGACCGGCCAGGUUACUCCCACCAUGGAUUAAUAAAGAUGGAGAACUAGCCACAACAUGGGCGCUGGCUAUUCCCUUCCAUGGACUCAAAUUGCAGCAAGAACCAACAAUGCUGCAAUUUUAUAAGAGCUUCUACCACCAAGCUCCCGCACAUAUGUUAGACCAGUUUACCAUUGUUACUGACGUGGUUUUAAAAAUAAUCAGAGAUGGUUUAAGAGACUGGUCGGACGUAUGUGUUUAAAUGUAUUUUGUGCUGUGCAUUGUGGCUUUAUUGCUUUGCAACAGCAUCUUUGCACUGUUGCAGUGAUGCCGUUGCACUGCCUUUAUCUCACAAUCACGAAUCAAAAUUUAAAAUCUAAAAUUUGUUUUAACAUUUAAAUUUCAUAACAUAAGUGUCAUUUUGGAUAACAGUUUUAAAGUUUAUGCUUCAAAUUUCAAUUUAAUUUAACGUGAUAAUAUUUGAGUGUUUGUCUUCAGCUUUCAAGCUAUAAAUUAUCAGCUAACACAUUCUGUAGGUUUUUAUUUUCUAGCUGGUCUGGAAAUUUUAAAAUUUUCACAGCUUAAAUAUUACCAUUUCCACGACUAGAGAUUGCAUGCUUAACAUAGUUUUAAAGUGUAUGCUAGUUUAAGAUUUUGGAAAAUUUAAUGAUCCCGCUGGAACAAAAUGUAUCUAGAAGAUUGAGUACUCAAUAACCCUUAAAUUUGCGUCGCUGUGCCAGCUUAUUUAUUUGCUUUAGCUUGCUUGUCUUUUAACUCAAAAUAUGUUGGAAUUUCUUUCGCUUUCUUCUUCGUUGUCGCCAGAAAACCGUAUUUUAUUUCUCAAAAAAUAAUCUGUUUGUUAUCAUGUACGCAUGUUUUAAAACAAAGACAUUCAAUCGCCGUACCCCUACUCUGCUAUAUU